AUGAACAGGCCCCCGCCGUCGGGCCUCCACACUCCCGGCUUCGCCCAUUACGCCCUCGCCUGGUCUCCCUUCCACAGCAACCGCCUCGCUCUCGCAUCCGCCGCCAACUACGGCCUCGUCGGCAACGGCAGACUCCACCUCAUCUCCCUCGGCCCCGGGCCCGGCGGUCUCCCUGGGCUCUCGCUUGAAAAAUUCUAUGACACGCAGGACGGGUUGUAUGAUGCAGCGUGGUCUGAGAUCCACGAGAAUCAGCUCGUCACCGCCUCGGGCGACGGCUCCAUCAGACUGUGGGACAUCAUGCUCAACGAUCUGCCCAUCCGUGCCUGGCAAGAGCACACGCGCGAGGUCUUUUCCGUAGACUGGUCCAAUCUCCAAAAGGACCUCUUUGUUUCGUCGUCUUGGGACGGCACUGUCAAACUGUGGUCCCCAGAGCGCCCACAUUCAAUCACAACUCUCCAAGCACACCAAUCCUGCGUUUACCAGGCCCUCUUCUCCCCGCACCAGCCCGAUGUGAUCGCGACCUGCUCUACAGACGGCACGCUGAAGCUCUUCGAUCUGCGCGCCCCUGCCUAUGCGCCCUCCGCGGCGGGGAACAGCUUCACGCACCCACUGAGCGCCGCCGCGCUCACAGUGCCCGCGUCCGGGACAGAGGUGCUCUCGCUCGACUGGAACAAGUACCGCCCGCUCGUUCUCGCGAGCGCUGGCGUCGACAAGGCUGCGCGCGUGUGGGACUGCCGCAUGGUCAAACUCGGUGGGGGCGCGGACGUCGGGCCUGCGGUCGGCGGCCAGUGCGAGGCAUCGCUCGUCGGGCACGAGUACGCCGUGCGCAAGGUGCAGUGGAGCCCGCACCGCCCAGACGUGCUGGCUACUGCGAGCUACGACAUGACGUGCAGAGUGUGA